AUGUGGAGAUGCCUUUUUCGCUCUAUUAAGAUAAAUUCGAGGGUAGAAGCGCUUUGUGAAGACUUAGUAUUUCCAAAGGAAUUCAGCGAAUUUUUUUCAGAAUCUGAAGUUGAACAAGACAGCAAUAAGAUCAUUAUUUACAAUGUGCCGAAAAAAGCUACUACAAGCAUGCUUAGGGAAUUAAUGCCUCAAGCUGAGUCAAUUAGAAUUCUUAAUGAAAGAUGUGAGGUAGAAUUCCAAGAUUUGCUUGAUGCACGGAAUGCUUUGAAGCAUGUGAAUGGGUAUGAGAUUAAUGGAACAGCACUUAAGGCAGAAUUGGAGGAGGCCUUAUGACGCCCACACCAUAAAGACUUUAUUUUUAGCCUUUUUUAGCCUUUUUUUGCCUAUUUUCCAACUAUUUUUGGUCUAUUUUUUUAAAAAUUUUUUUUUGGCUUAUUUUUUAAUUGCUAAAAAUUUUCUGUCAAAAAAUAGACUAAAUUUGAUUGAAAAUCACCUCAAAAGCAAAUGGACGAAAAAUGUUUCAAAAAUAAUUAACUCCCUCCCCCCCAUCCUUGAUCGAACGAUUGACUGUAAAAAUUCCUAAAAAUUGGGAAAAUUAAUCCCCAUCCUUGAUCGAACGAUUUUCAUAUCAUGCAAAAUUUUAUAUAUAUAUAAAAAUAUAUUAGUUAUCAAAAGUUUGGGAAGAUGUGCAUAAUGAAGUUGUUUUCAGAGACUUUGAGACGACAGAAAGCUUCGGAAUCAACCAUUCGAAGUGAUUUAGUCAUCAAUCAGGGCUUAAAAACUCAAUAAUCUAAUAAAAUAGAGAUUCUUCAAAAUUUUUAAAAAACAAUUUAAUUUAAUAAGAAACAAAUUAAAAUUUAUACAGUUUAAAGGGGUAACUAAUAAAUCAAAAUAUUAAAAAUUGGUAUUUUUAUGAGAUUAAUUCAAUUUUUUGCUGUAAAAAUAAUUAUUAAAUACUCUUAACACUCUUAUUUAAAAGCAAAUAAGAAUAUAUAUAUAUAUAUAUAUUUUAUUUUAUAUAUAAAAUUUUUUUUAACCCCCAUCCUUGAUCGAACGACUGCGAGUCGUUCGAUCAAGGAUGGGGGGGGAGUAAGGAAAAAAUAGGCCAAAAAAAAUUUGUGGAGUAGAUAUCGUGUGAGGUUUGGAAUUGGAUGAAUCUAAUGCUUCAGAUCGUAGAAAUCAUUGGGAUGAGCAAAGCCAGUUGGGGCCUAAGGACGAAGUUAAGGAUUUUAAAGAAUAUGCAGGAUGGGAGGAAGAUAAGGGGAAAGGUGAAGAAGAAGAAGAAGAAGGAGAAUUUGAAAGAGAAGUAGCAGAUGCAGAAGAAGGACAAUUUAAAAGAGAAACAGCAGAAAAAAUUGAAGAAAAACAAAUUAACGAAAGAGCAGAUGGAGAAAUUGAAGAAGGAGAAAUUGAAGAAGGAGAAGAAACAGGAAAUUUUGAAAGAGAGGAAGGAGAAGAAGUGGAAGAAAAAGAGCUUGAUAUAGAUCAACAACAAGGACUGGAAGAAAAGAGAGAGGCAGAAGAAGAGAUGAGAGAAGAACUGGAAGAAGGCUUCAAUAAGGAGGCAGAAAAAGAUUUAAGCGACAAGACAGAAGGAGAAGGAGAGGAAAGAGUAAGAGAAGAAAAGCUAGCGGAUGCAGAUAAAAAAGAAAGGAGCUGGAAGAACAAGAAUGCGUUUAAAAAUCCAAGACAUUCUCAAGUUUUCCAUAUUAGGGAUGAUUUUAGAAUCUAA